AUGCAAGGCCGACUUUUGCAAUCCGUGGGCUGGCAGCGUGCCCUCCGUCGCCCCGCCCUUCACCACUACACGCGUAUAACGUCGUCGCGAUGGGCGGUCACGCGCAACACCAAGAACAGGGCCGACGAUGUGCGCUUGGAGUCGUUGACGGCAAAAUGGCAGCCGCAUUGGGAUGAGCUGUCUUCCAAGUGGCACAAACUACGCACUUCGGACCGCGGCAAUGCUUAUGUGCUGCCAAUGUUUCCUUAUCCGUCGGGCACCCUUCAUCUCGGACAUCUACGAGUAUACACCAUAUCCGAUGUCCUGGCUCGCUUCAAGCACAUGCAGGGCUACAAGGUCCUGCAUCCCAUCGGAUGGGACGCCUUUGGUCUGCCUGCCGAGAAUGCAGCAAUCGAGCGGGGAGUCCAUCCCGAGAAAUGGACGCUGCUCAACAUCAAAGCCAUGAAGACCCAGAUGAAGCAAAUGGGUGGUCGAUGGGACUGGGACGCUGAAAUACGAACAUGCGAUCCUGCCUUUUACAAGCACACUCAGCGCAUCUUCCUCAUGCUCCACGACCGCGGCCUCGCAUAUCAAGCAGAGUCUCUUGUCAACUACGACCCUGUCGACAAGACGGUCCUUGCCAACGAACAGGUAGAUGCCAAUGGCUGCUCCUGGCGUUCUGGCGCAAAGGUAGAGAAGGUCAUGUUGAAGCAAUGGUUUUUGAAAAUCAAGGAGUUUCAAGAACCUUUACUAAAAGAUUUAGAUGCUCUUGCAACACAUGACAGAUGGCCAGAAAAAGUACUAGCUAUGCAAAGAAACUGGAUCGGCAAGUCGGAAGGUGCAAAACUCUGUUUCGAAAUCAUCUCAACAGGUAGCGAUGUGUCUUUUGAGCCUGUUGAUGUAUUCACAACCAGGGCUGAUACCUUGUUUGGGGUACAGUACAUUGCUUUGUCUUUGAGUCAUCCCGUUGUCCAAAAACUAGCUGCCCAGGACGAGUCCCUUCGCGCAUUCAUCGAACGAGCAAAGGACCUACCUCCAGACACAAAAGAAGGCUUCCUGCUUCGGAGCAUCGUAGCCAGAAACCCAUUGGCUUACGUCCGCGGUACUGCUGGACCUACUAUUCCUGUUUAUGUGGCUCCCUACGUCCUGGAUGACUAUGGUUCUGGUGCUGUCAUGGGUGUACCUGGCCACGAUACGCGAGAUCACGCAUUCUGGCGAGCCAACGUUGGCGAUGAGCCCAUAAGGUUAGUUGUGUCUACGAAGAAGAACGAUCUGCCUACUCCAAUUGUACCACGAAGCGGGAAAGAUGUACCCGUAACCGAAAGAGGAUUUGUUGCUGCUGACAUUGAGAAUUUUGGCGGCAUGCCUUCCAAGCAAGCUGCCCGCGAAGUCGUCCAGGCUAUCGUAAGCACUGGCAAACAAGCCGAAAUAACAGCAAACUGGCGUCUCCGGGACUGGCUCAUAAGUCGCCAACGGUAUUGGGGUGCCCCCAUUCCCAUUAUACAUUGUGACUCCUGCGGUGCUGUGCCAGUCCCUGAAAAGGACCUUCCCGUCCAACUACCGGAUUUACCCGACAGCUUCUUCCAAGGUCGCAAGGGAAACCCACUAGAAGAAGACGAGAAUUGGAAAAAGACCUCGUGCCCGCAAUGCGGCUCCGCUGCUGAACGCGAAACUGAUACCAUGGACACUUUUAUGGAUUCAUCCUGGUACUUUUUCAGAUUUUUAGAUCCUAAGAAUGAUGACGCUCUGGUCGAUCCUGUCAAAGCCAACAGCGGUAUGCCAGUGGAUUUGUACAUUGGUGGAGUGGAACAUGCCAUCCUACACCUUCUGUACGCUCGCUUCAUUUCAAAAUUCCUCGCUACGACUUCAACGUGGCCGAAAGGCUAUUUGACGAAUGGCGAGCCAUUCACUCGACUCAUCACUCAAGGCAUGGUACAUGGAGAGACCUUUACCGACCCUGAAAACGGGCGCUUCCUUCGACCAGAUGAAGUCGACUUGACGAAUCCUUCCAAACCUCUUAUCAAAGCCACUGGCCAAACGCCAAACGUGAGCUACGAGAAGAUGUCUAAGAGCAAGUACAAUGGCGUGGAUCCCGGUGCUACAAUUGCCAAGUACGGCGCAGAUGCAACGCGUGCCCAUAUGCUCUUCCAAGCACCGGUCGGUGAUGUGCUGGAAUAUGACGAAAAGAAAAUUAUCGGUGUGCAACGCUGGCUGCAUCGAGUCGUGAAGCUAGCGGCUGCUUCCUGGCUACCCGAUGACGAAGUCGAAAGUUUUGCUAUCCCAAAGAGCAUUGAUGAGAAUCUCUUGUUUAUCCUGCAAAACCUCUCACAACUAGAAAAUCCAAAAACCGCCUCUCGAGAGACCUUAAUCUCUACACUCAAACCAGACGAAGCCCAACUCUGGAUCAAAACCCAGCAAACCAUUGCCAGCGUCACAGAAUCCUUUUCGCAAACUUAUUCCCUCAAUACCAUCAUCAGCGACCUAAUGACACUCACAAACACCAUCUGGGAUACUCCUCACGUCUCUCCUACAACAUCCUAUCUCAAAUGGUACUCUGUAGCCCACCUCAUCCGCAUGCUCGCCCCCAUCGCACCAGGAGUAGCAGAAGAAUCCUGGCACCUGCUCACCACCUGCAUAACCUCCCAAGAGUCCAGCACGGACAUCCCAACAGUCUUCGCAACAGGGUUUCCGCAAGCCGAUCUCGCCAUUAUCCCGCUCCUAACCACGACCCGCAAAUGCGUGGUCCAAGUCGACGGCAAGCGCAAGUUUGAAGCGGACAUUGCGAAGCUCCCGGCUUCGGUCAAUCCCAAGGAUGGCAAGGCCGUAGCGCAGUUUGUACUAUCUGAGCUACUUAAGACGGAAGCAGGGAAGGAGUGGUUCGAUAGGGAAACGGGCAAGAUCUGGAAGGCUAGUCCUUCGCAUGAAGCCAGUGACGAAUUUGAUGGCAUAGUACCGCAGGGCUGGAAGGUCAUUGCUGUGAACGGUGGUGCUCUUUGCAAUUUCGUGGCACCGAGGAAGCCGAAGGGGGAGAAGACGGGCCAAAAAAUGCUGUUCGCUCGACUUCCGCGGACGCUGACCCCACGCGCCAUCCGCGCCUUCUCAACCACACGCCUGCGCUUCCAAUCCUCAUUCAUACCAUACACACCAACAUGUCCCUCGCCAACAUGCGAAUGCGCCUCUGCGCCGAAAGACCUCGACAUCGAUCGCAAGACACCGCUGCUGAACACAAUGGCCCCGUACUCAGAACAAGUCGUGUUCUGCACGGGAAAAGACGAUUGGGCCAGCAACAUUGAGCAAGAAGAAGGCGAAACGGGCGAGUUCGUCAAAGGACUAAAAGGUGUGAUAGGAAAAGGUACACCGGGAUUCGAUCCCUUCACGAACGUUCUCAUAACCGCCUCCUCCCUCCCCAAAAGCACCACACCCAACACAACAACAGCCCUCCUCUUCCCUAGCUUCAAGCGUAUCCAAAACCUCCCACACACCCAUACUUCCCUCUCCGACUUCGCAACCGCAUACCUCAAAGCCAAAACCCUCCACCCCAUGCACGCCAACCUGUCCGCAGCACAAAAAGCCAACCUAACCCGCGACGAAUCAAAAGCAGCAUCCCUCCCAGAAGCUCAGGAAAUAACAACCCUCACAAUCUUCAUCUGCGGCCACGGCGGCCGCGACCAGCGCUGCGGCAUCCUCGGCCCACUUUUGCAAUCCGCAUUUCGCAGCGAAUUCCAGCGCAGAGGGCUAGAUGCAGAUGUGGGACUCAUAAGUCACAUCGGGGGCCACAAGUACGCGGGAAACGUCAUCAUGUAUGUCCCGCCGAGUAUGCAAGGGAAUAAUGAGCUUGGUGGGGCGGGUGUGUGGUAUGGACGUGUGGGACCGGAGCAUGUUGAGGGGUUGGUGGAGGAGACGUUUGUCAGAGGAAGAGUUGUCACCGAGUUGCUGAGGGGUGGUGUUAUGCAGGAUGGACGGAAUAUCGGGAGAAUGGUUGAGGCGCAGAUGAAGAGGGAUAGUGGGGCGGAAGAUGAGGGCGUGUUGAAGUUGAAGGCUAGAGCAAGGGGGUAG